AUGGCUGACUCGGAUUCGUCACCAUUGUCUUCGGCUCCUUCGAGCGACGAUGAGGAGAUGGUCCUCAAAAUGGCCAAACCCACUGGGUUAAAUCGCUAUUUCAAGCCUGCACCAAAAGACGAACCUGCUCCAGAACCUCCUAAACGCGCCCCUUCACCCCCUCACGACUAUACUCUAGCUGACAAUGAAGCAAUCGCGUUCCUUGUCAUGUUCAGAAGUCGUUUCAGCGACGCGUUUCCCAAGUCCCUCCCACAUUAUGGCCCCCAAGACAUUGAAAGAGGGGUUCAGGGUGAAUUUCCAGACGAACACGCGGAAAGGCUUCUCUGCGCGUUGUUGGGCUUGGUGUUGAAUCGCAAGAAAGAUGUUGAACGCGGCCACCAUGGACGAGCACUUGAAGAUGCGAUUUCUACAAACCAACACCAGUGGUUAGCUGUGUGGAAUGGUGUCAAUCCCAUCCAUGGUGGAAAAAGCUUCAAUAACAUGACUCCCGAAGAGCGCUUAAAUCUACUCAAAGCUCUUGCCCUUUGGUCGUUAAACCAGUCAGAAGCCGUCCAAGCGAUACUCAAAGACUCCUACAAACAAACCCGUCGCGACGAUGAUCGUAAUCAACCCCGAAGCGUCCAACCAUGGUUUUCCGAUCAAUAUCGUCGCAAAUAUUGGCUUGUAGAGGGCCUCGAGGACUCCCAUUUCAGGAUUUACAGAGAAAAUGACGGGAAGACUGCAAAAACAAAUACCUGGUUCAGCAUCGCAGGCUCAAUCCCUGAAGUUGCUGCACUAGCCGACAAAUUUGGCGAUGAGCAUACUCAGAACUCCAAGGUCAUCAGCGAUAAAUUAAGAUCUGCAAUCCCAAGAUUUGAGGCUGGAGAUGAGAAACGAAAACGUCGUGACUACCGCCUGGCACGAAAAGCCGCGUUUGCUCGACCCGAACCAGGAUAUUCACUAUACGAAGGGCGGACACGCGGCAAAAGAAUGAAAUACACAUUUUCAGAUGAAGAGUAUGACUCUGAUGAAAUGUCCACCAAGCGUUCGACGAGGAACUCCGGCUUCUCUACACCCCUCGAAACUGGACCAACGAUCACAGCAAGUGGCAGAUAUGUCAAGUCUAGAGUAGGCGGUAUGUACGGAGAGAGCAUGCUGGUCGACCAGCGCAAAGAGCUAGAUAAGACCACAGGGGAAGACCACUUUACCGAAACUAGCGAAGAUAUGCCCACAACAGCACCCAGUGGACGAGGGCCUAGACUGUCCAGGUCCGGUAGACCGAUGAGACCUGCUCGGAACCCCUUCAACGACGGCGCUGGUUCCGAUAGUGACGAGGACCAGACUUCAGGCAGGGAGUGGAGCGGCAACGAAGAUGAGCCGGACGAGUCUGAGCCAGAGUUCGACCGCGAAGACGAAGAUGACGAAGAUGAUCAAAUGAGCGAGCGACGCUUGGAUACAGACGAUAUUGACGAUGACGACAACACACAAGAGUCCUUGGUGGUGCAGCUGAGGUAUCGCAAGGGCCAAGAUGAACCCAGGACUUCUUCUGCAGAGCGAGGACCACCGUUGCAAGAAUCAAACGGCAAUUCGAUCAACAGCAGCGCAUACAGAGCCAUCGCCGCAAAAUCCUCCCCGGUCGUCGCCGACACCAUCGAUGUCACGCGUCGCAUCAAUGUGAAUGGAAUCAACGGCAUGACAGAGGGCCCACUAAACAGCGGGAAUUCGCUCAGCACAAUGAAUGGCAAUGUGAGUGGAAACGGAAACGCCAGCGAGGACGAGAACUGCGAUAAGCCUCGAGAUGGCAUCCCAAACCCACGCCCUCAGCGGAUGGCCUCCGUCCAAGUUCCUUUGCAGCCCAUGGAUGUGUCAUGA